CUACCACAGUCCAAAUCCUUUCUAUGAAAAGCUCAAGAUGGAACAUCAGCAGGUCAUGUCAGACCUGCAGAAUUUCGAGAAUGAGAAUUGGGAGGCCUCACAGAAGCUCAGUGAGCUGACCAAAGAGAAAGUCUUCCUUUGUGAUCUGCAGAGCCGGCUCCUGAUGGAGCAGACACAGCUCAAAAAGAAAUUGGAUAUGCUGAGGCAAGAGAAGGAGAACCUACUGGAGGAUUGGAUCCUGCUGAAGCACCACUCCGAUGACUUGCAAGUGCUCAGUAAGAAUCAAUAGGAGACCAGUGAACUCCAGAACCAGCAA